AUGAAGCAAGGGAAACAGAAAGAGCAGCAGCAGAAGCCGCCAGAGCAGCAGGGGAAACAACCCCAUUAUUUAUACAAAAGGGGCAUCAAUUCGCUUCGAUUGUCGAUAUCCCCAGGUUUGGGAUCCUCUUCAACCCCAAUCGGAGAAGAACAUUCAGUUACCCACCUCACGGUCACUCCAAAAUCAUCGAAAAUUCACUGUAAACGAAAGCGAACCCCAAGCUUCACUGCUUGCUCCCACUCUUUCACUUCUUUCCUGCCUUUGAUUCAAUUUAUCAUACAAUUCCAGUGCCAGCAAAACUCAGACAAGGAAUACACUCUGGUUCAAGCGUUUGCUUACAAAGAUCGGAGGAGAAAGAUACCCGCUUCUCACGAAAUGAUAACUCGGUCUAAACUCGUUGAGCAACUCAGAGAUUACCAGAUCCGAUCUCAAAACACCUACCCUGCUCUUAUCUUUUUCUCUCCCAAACCCCAUAUCGCUUCCCGGGCAGAUGUAGCUGUGUCUAUUUUUUGUGCCUUUGUAUUUAGUGUGUUAGUCAUAUUGUCCUAUUUGUCGCUUUAUUUUCGGCACUUCUGGCUUUCCUUGAUCACUAUAUGCCUCUGUAUAUUUCUUCCAAUAUGUCUGAGAGGUUAUAGGCAGGCUCUGGUCAAGAAGAGGGAGAGAAAAUUUCUAUUACCCUUGUCUAUGUGAACCUUUUAUGGCACUGAAAGUAGUUUGAUUCAUCAUACGAGCUGCUCACUGAUGGCUUAUUACCGUUUCCGCAAACUGGACACAUUCAGACAUCCUGUAAAUUGAUCUUGGUCAGCGAAGGAGAUGGUACAACUUCACAACACCAUACAUGAAAGCCCAUGGUAAUUUGGCAGACACUGAGAACCUGUAACAUUUCACAUUUCUUUGUACAACGAAACAAACAAUAUGCCUGUGAAAUGAGAGCAUUGGAGAAGAAAAGAAACCGAUUUUAUAUUGAAACGGCAAUGGAAAAAUAACUCCAUAUUUUCAGCCAAUAUACCUUGUUUGGUGUGAAAGGAAAAGAGAGAAAAAACUUCAUAUAUUAUUUUCAAGGG